AGCGGGUAGGUCUCCUGAGUAACACCGCUGGUCAUCGUCUGCCAGCACAUGCUCUCUGGCCAGUUUUAUAUACUAAGCUAAUGAGUAUAUGUAUUUUACUUCGUAUACUCUUUUUACUCUUUAGAUAUAUUGAAAAAAAUAUGUUAAAUCAAGGAAAGUGUUUGAUUUUAAAUUUAGACGUGUGUUUAGAUAAGGAUACUAGAAGGUGAACAAGCCGCUCCCAGUUAAUGUUGUGAUCAUCCCUGGCGUGGUCAAUGCCUGUCUCUAACAAACUUUGUUUCUCCAGUGCUGCACAUAGGUCGCAGUUUGUAUGAACACUCGUCUGAGUACUGCCCUCUGAGACGUUUAUAAGCUACAAUUAAGUCACUCCUUGCCUGCCAUUGAUAUAACCAGGGUACCUGAGGUGCAGUAGUGCAGACAGCAGUUUGGUGGCCUUCCUUUGGAUAUUCUGAAUCAACUGACAGUCUCCAGCAUAACUCGGGGACCAGACGGGGUGACAGUAGUACAAAUACAGGAGCACCCAUGAGUCAAGCAACCCAACAAGAGGAGGGCAAUGGCCAGGAAAGGGAGAAGGAAGAAGCUGCUGCAAGGAAUAAAAAAGUUCUAAAAAAAAUUGAAAAAAUUAAAUUGAAGAGGUGUUUCAGGAGCUGUAGGAGACAGUCCUCUGCAGGAUUUGACAUGGCUAGUGUGUAUGAAUUAAAACUCCGGAGACUGAGGAUGAACAAUCAAGCUCUUGCAAAGGCACUUGCAGACAAGAAAAUUGAGGCACAGGAAUGGUACAGAGAGAUAAUUGAUCAGAAGAUGGAGUUACAGGAGGUGCAGGAGCGACUGCUUAGGGCCACUGACAAAGACUUUGAGGUUGCUGUGGAGUAUGAGGUGGAGAAAAGGCUCAGAGAGCACUGUGAACCCAUCAGUGCAGCCAUUAGUACAGCAAUGGAUAAUGUGGUGGUUGUGGUUGAGAGUUUAACCAAAGUAAAGCAGUUGGUAAGCGGGGCCCUAAACACCUGCCGAAAUCGUUCCUCAUCCAACAACCUCCCUCGCACUUCAGGUUCAAGGUUGCCACUCGGUCCUAUUGGCAACAAUUUGUUACCCCGGCAAAGUGUUGUUCUUCCUAUGGUCAGUGGUCAUGUGCUACAGCCAGCUAUGGUAGCUAUUCCUAAGUUAGAUGUAAUGUGGAAUAGAAAGUUGAAAGAACGCAUCCAAGUUAAUGAAGAAAGGGAUUUUGACAUGAGUGUGAUAGGGGAACUGCCCUCAAAUGUUGAAGAUGAGGAAAUUCCAUCUGCAAAGGAAGAGGUGCAGUCAGAGGAUGAAGUUGAAGAGGAAAGUCCAGUCAGCUUCCCAGUAUUCAAUAUAGCAAUGAGGUGUGAUCAAGGAAAUAGUCCUUUUGCUAAAAAACCUAGGAAGAGACCAAGAAGAAGAAUCUCUGUCCCUGAAGUAGAUGUACCUGAACCACAGAGUAUCACUCCAGAUAACCCAAGGAAAGCAAAUGGUGCUAGGCGAGGCAGAUCAAGUAGGGGAGUGAGGGGAGCACACAAUAGACUGACCAAGCUGUCUCCCACUACCAGCAGAGCAGAGUCACCCAGGUCUUCACAACGCCAAGAGGAGCAUAUGAAACAAGAAAUAAGAGCAUCUGCAGCCGGCCAACCAUCACCAGAAAAUGUGGAGGAUCCUCUUGAGGGUCCAAGCUGGUGGUAUGGUGAUGCCUCAAAGGGACGUGGCAGAGGUGUUAGAAGAGGCAGAUUGAAGACUGGUGCUGGCUCAACCAAGUACCAAUCCCACUGUAACAUUGUUCCGGUGCUAGAGUCGUCGAGUGACGGUGAAGAUGAUGAUAUAAAUACAGUUACGAAAAAGACUGUCAAGUCUACUGUUAAAGUGACAACAGUUAAAGCAAAUUCUACUGCAGGCAAAGAGCUAAAGAGUGCUGUUCAAUCUGCUAAAGUGUUACCAGUUAUAGCAAAUUCACCAAAUGCCCAAGAUCAAAGUUAUUUGGCCUCUCCAGCUACCCAACAAACUAUGUUGGAGGAGUUACAGGCUAAAGGUGGUGGCCGGUCUAAGGCACGAUCAAAAGGAUUUUCUGUGAGAAUGAGUAUUGACACCACAAACAUAAACAAAGUUAUUCCUCAGAAACAGGGGAGAAGGUCACGAAACAGCAUGGAAAUAUUGAGGGAUACAGUUGAGGAUGUUAAUGUGGAGAAAACUGAAAAGUCCCCCAACCUUCAAUUAGAAGAAAUAGUUAUAGAUCCUGACACACGGUCUGAAAUUAAAUCUCCGUAUAAAGACUCCCUUCUUAUGCCUCCACCAUGUCUUCCAUUGCCCAACCAGCAUAGAGAUUUCUUGAUAACUGAUAAUGAUUUAACAUGUGUGAAUGAUGUGAGCAUGGAUAUGACAGAGCCUAUUACAAAAAUCAUUGCUCAUACUGCUACUGAAAUGGUCAAUAAAGAAGAAAAAAAUAAAGGGAGAAGAUUCUUUAAAGCUCAGUCAAAAGAAGAGCCUCAAGAUAAGUCAGAAGUAGCUGAAAAAACUCCAUUUGAUGUGUCACUGAUGGAAACUACUCUUAUAAAUAUACCUCCUUAUUCUUCACAGAGAACUGUUGAGAAAGAAAAUUUUCCACCUCAGUUUGAUAAUUGUAAUAAUGGUAAAGAUAGCCCAAACAAAACCAUGGGCUUACGAAGAGUAUCCAUUGUUGUGGAGGAUAUCCUGAAGAAUCCUGGGAUCCUAGAGAAAUACACACCAAAAGUAAAUGUUGCUCUCUCUUCUGAGUCUGAAAAAUCUGAAAGUGGAUCUGGAAGAGUGAGGAGAAACAGGCUCUGCCAAAGAUCCACUAUGGAUAGCCCGGGGAGGAGAGAACCUAUAAGAAGAAAGACCCUAAGAUAUUCUGUGAAGGAUGAACAGGAAGAACAGAUGAAGAUUGAGGAAGAUGAGGAGGAGGAUGUAUUGUGGUUGCCUUAUGGUUUAAAGAAGAAUAAAGCUAAGAAAGGUACUGGCUCUUCUGGAAUGGCACAAGCGAAAAAAUCUGUUGCUGGUCGAAAAAGGUUUUCAGCAGUUGAUUCGGUGCCUCAACUAUUAAAAAGGUCACGCCAAAAAAAGAACAAAAGGGACUCUGAAGCAGGAAUAUUUCCUGAGAAUAGUGACAGUGACCAAGAUGAAAAUCAUGAUAAUGAAGUCGGACAGGAAGAAAAUGGACAACUUAUUAGUGAUGUGGCUAAAGACAAACAAUCACAGAAUACCAGUCCAAAUAAGUUGAGUGAUUGUUUUGUUCACAUGAGAGAUAUCCGGCAAUCUGUUGGCAUUCUAGAAGACAGUCUCACAUUUCAGCUUGAUGACAGUCGUAUUUCUCUAUCACCGAUAGGUCCUCAAAAUUGCUUUAAGCACAAGGAAGACCUUAGUAAACAAAUUGAAAGUGUAUUGAAAAAAGCUCAUCAGAUGAGGAUGGAACGAACAUAUACUUCAGAAAAUGCUGACAAACGAGAAGAAAAUGCUGAUGGUACAUAUAAUGGAGGACAAACUGUUCAAGAAGAGAAAAAUAAUGAAAUACAACAAUAUAAUAAAGAUGAUGGAAGGCAGAAAGAUAAGCUGAAAGAGGAAGUGAAAGAUAAGCUUCAGAAAGGAGAGAAAGAUAAGCUUCAGAAAGGGGAGGAAGAUAAGCUGCAGGAAGAAGAGAAAGAUAAGCUGCAAGAGGAAGAGAGAGAUAAGCUGCAGGAAGGAAAAGAAGACAAGCUGCAGGAAGGAGAGAAAGAGGAGCUGCAACAGGAGGAGAGAGAUAAGCUGCAAGAGGGGGAGAGAGAUAAGCUGCAGGAAGAAGAUAAAGGUAAACUGCAGGAAAAGGAGAAAGAUAAGCUGCAGGAAGAAGAGAAAUAUAAGCUACAGGAUGAAGAGAAAAAUAAGUUGCAACAAGAUGAAAGAGAUGAACUGGAACAAGAAAAACUGCAAGAUGUGCUGCAAGAACAGAUUGAUGACAUUCAGCAACUAGUACCACUUGAUGAGGGACAACUGAAACACCAGGAUCAUGAGACACAGCAGAUUAGUCAAGAUGACACACAAAAACCAGAGAAAGAUGGUGAGACAUGUGGGGAUGUUCAAAGUGGGUCACCUACCACAGACUCGGAGGAUAUGUUAAAUGGUAAGGAACAGCAAUUAGGGCAGGACAAGGCACAGGAGAGGCAUACUGAAGGAGAAUCUAUAACAGUGGUUGCAGCAACUGAACUUGAAAAGGGUAAAGAGGAAGAAAACAUUGAGAGUGACAUUAAAAAAAAUGGGUCUGAGAAGGUGACCACAUUGGAAAGAGACAGUACUGAAGACAUUUGUAAUAAAGCACCAGCAAUGCAAGCAAAGUUAGAAGCUUCAAAAGUCAUCGAAGAGAAUAAUAGUCCAGGUGAACCAGACCAACGUAGAAAGCGGAGAGCAGCAACAAAAAUUACAUCUUUAAAAGAAGUUGGCCUUCGGGAGUAAGUGUGCUAAGAAAGUUACGACAAAGUGACGGCAGUGCUGUUAUCGUGUAUUCUUCAAGAAAGUCAAGAAGCAGAUCUACUUACAAAUAAUGGUGAAUGGUCCUAGACAUUUUUAGUUUUCUUUUAAAUGAACUGCUGUGAAUAGGGAAAAAAUAUAUUAAAUUUAGGAAUAGUACUUAGAGUUUGAAAGUAAAACCUUAUGUAAUAUACCAUGCAGUGAAAAAACUAAUUAUAUAACACUGAAGUUUGGUUAAUCUUUGUUGUAUAUCUGGUAAAAGACAACAAAUUUCCUCCAGGUAAAAUGCUCUUGGGGAUUUUUCCAUACUAUCUUUGUUAUUCAAUAACCAUCAUUAAGAUUUAGUUUUAGAUGUCUUUAGGGCUAUUUUGUAGAAUUAAUAGUCUUCAGAUGUGAGCAACAAGGUUGAAAUAAGAACCUAGGUAUAGUUUCAGAUAUCUUCCACUGUUAUUUUAAUGUGACUCAAUUGAACUUGAAGAGUAGAUUGUGUGGUUCUUCAAGAAAUGACUUUACUCGGAUGAAAAAUAUAUAUAUUGGGUAGAGGUUGAUUCUCUCCAUGCUUGUUUUAACCAAGAAAGCUAAAAAUAUUAUUAAUGUACUUUGUAUUAUUGCUGUGGAAACCUUUGCACUUUUAUCCAAGGAUCAUCUUUUUUGUGUAUAUAAUACAUAAAUGAAACACGAGGAUGAGGAACUCCUAAUUAAUAAUACUGUACAUUUCACAAUAUUAAGUGAAAAAUUAGCAUUAUAUUUCUAGAUAGUUUCACAUAACCAAUAAGAUUCUGUCCUGUAUGUAGAGAUUAACUUAUGUCUUGUCAUAUGGGAUGUACAGGAAACAAUGAAUUCAGGAUGUGUGAUGACUGUGACUCUCAUGUGUAAUGUAUAUAUUUAUUGUCUAUACUGUACUGUAUUCAUAACUUGAAGAACUUCUCUUAUACAACUGUGUUUUCCUUCGAAACUUUUAUGCAACUUUUUAUCACUUCAAAUUUUGGAAGAUUUUCUUUGAUGCAUCUUUAUUCUUACACUGCAUGUGUCUCCUGCUAUCAUUUCUUUAGUGUAUCAGUUUAUUUUACUUCCUCAGUAUGGCCUUUUUUUCUUUCUCAUCUUUUAAUUUUUUACUUUGCCAACCAUUUACUUUGCAGUACAGUAUUAUAAUACAGUACUCCCUUAAAUCAUUCCUCACCCUAAAUGCUCCCAAACUCUAUAACCCCAGAUCAGAAAAUUUAUGUUGGGUGUUCCCAGAUUAUUAGUAUUGUACUGUUUAGACAUGUCUUUUAUAAUACAUCUGUUUUAAGACAAUUUGCAUUGUCUGUCUCUAUUAACAAUUUCAGUUUUGUUUCAAAUCUCUUAUUUUGUCUCAUGAGUCACCAGAGUCAAUAAUGGGGUGAGUCAUGGUUUCCUACACUACUUGCCUCUUGCAACAUUAAACAAGUUCUUUCCAGCUCACAACUUUGCACGUAGGGAUGAAGGUACAGUGAACCCUUGAAGAUUCGAACUAAAAGGAGGGAAUGUACUGGAUUUAUUAAAAAAAACAAUAAAUAAUGAUAUAAAAACACCAAAAAUAUGUACUGUACCUUGUUUUACAGCAUAUAAGAUGCACUCCCAUUAUAGUUGGGAGUAUUUAGGGGAAAAAAAAACUUUUGGGUGUAUUUUCCUCCUGUAGCCAUAGUUUUUUAAAAUAAUAUACAGGGAGUCCCCGGGUUAUAAAUGGGUUCCGUUCCUGAGGACAUUCACAAGUUGGAUUUGUAUGCAAGUCUGAACACGUGCUAUUUGCUUACUGUAUUUAAAAAACUUAAGUCCCACUAUAACAGCCUAAAUCCUUAUAUACAUCUAAAAUCACUUAAUUUAAGAUAAAAGAAGAAAUACAAUGACAAACUACAGUAAAUAAGAGUAAAAAAUAAGUCAUCAGGUAAAUAAAAUACUGUAAAUUUCAAGUUUAAUCCCAUUCGUAUCAAUGGGCGUUUGUCAGUCGGGGACCUGUUUACAGUACUCUACCAAGAAAUGUGAGGAAUAAAUAAAAAUGAUAACAAUAAAUAAGUUACAACAAAAAAUACUCCAUUACCAACUCGGUAAAUGAAAGCUUAACACAGACGGCGAUGCCCCUCAUCCCUUUACACUCUACGCUCUCCUCCCACUCCCUCACUGAGUCAUCCAACUCUUGCAAAGAUAUGUACGGUAUAUUCCUUUUAGGUGUUUGCCCGAAGGGCAAUUAUUUCCCUUACUUUUUUCGCAUUAUGUAUGUAGGCUGUACAGUGCCAUGAUUUAUCACUAUUAAGCACUAUUAUAUCAGUAAACACUAAUAAUAACAGUCAAUCCAGUGAAAUAUGGCAGGGAGUGAGGAGAGCUACAACAGCAGGCGAUGCUCUAACUAGUGGUUGCUCACUCAUUCCUGUUGCCAGGUGUAUGAUCGAAAUACGCACGGGAGAAAUACAUAUCUUGUAGUCUAAUUUGAAAACGGUGACAGGCACAAUGAUAAACAAAUUAUAUAUACUACAGUAUGCAUUUACCUAUGAUAACAUAAUAAAAAACAUUGUAUCAUUACUAGAGUGAAUGAAAUAAUAGUCCCACAAAUGACAAUUGACAAAUCUGAUCAUGUUCCCACCUCAGGCACCUGUGUCCCACGCGCUCACAUCUUGGUUACACGGGCCUAAGAUGAUCUUUGCUCUGUUUUGGGAAUGCUUCUUAGCCCCAACCCCCAAAUUUUUUUCCGAAUCUUCCAAAAUCCGGAUUUACCAGGUCCGUCUUCCAGGGUUCACUGUACUUAGUACAAAUUAUGCAUUCUUAAAUGAUAAUCAGAUCAAAGAUACAGUAUUCAGCAUAUUGGGCAUACAGUACUUUAUGCAAUUGCUAUUCUUUUGAAAUUGUAAUUUGCUUAUCUCAAUGCUGUUUCUGAAACCUUUGCAGCCAUUCUUUACUUUUACUCAAGUUAAUAUACAUCACACACUUAAUAAUUUCAGACUCAAUCAAAUUUCCUAUAUACUUUCCCUAAAUGUCAUUACCGGUUUAAAAGUGAACAGAAAUAGGGUAAAGACGAUUAAAAUUGUAGUAAAGUGUCUGCCAUUUUAUAAAUUUAUGAUGUUUCCAUAUUGUUAGAAAGCCUGUGGCAAGUCGUGUCCUUUAAGGUAGAACAGAAUGACUUUAUGCAGAUGACUGGAGAUGUGCAUAGUAGAGUACAGCACUACUGGAUUAAUGUGUUAUAAUUUUACUAGGUUUGUUUGGUUUUAUCUUUUUAUCAUAUAGCAGGAAGAGACUUGUGUGAAUGUAAAACUACUACUUGAAUCAUACUGUGUGUGAUACUGGGAAUAUGUUCACGUAAUGUGUGAUGGCAUGGAAUACCAAGAAGUUAUGCUUUACAGGACAUUUCAUGAUAAGAGAAGUUGGUAUAAAUUUUGGAGUAAGAAAUAGAAGCUUAAUUUCAUUUCAUUGUUGGGUGUACAGUCCUCUUUGUUUAAAAUGGGAAAGUAACUAGGGUUAGAAGUAUAGGACCAGAGUAGAUUGGUACUUUCUGGAGCACUGAGGGAGAGUGGACUGAAUUAUAUGGGAAAAGUGGAGUGACUUAUGGAAAGGUAAUUGUUUUGAAGUGAUAUGGUUAAAUAGACAAGGAGAUGAUGAAGAUAUUUUGAUUGGUGUAGGGGAGGCCAGAGUUUCCAUGGAAGAGAAAUCACCAAGAAACAUGACAUGAAAGUUACUAGAUUGGAUGAAUAUGGAACAGACCUAUGAUUCAGUACAUAAGCAUUUAUUGAAGCAUGAAACUUUAUAAUGAGUGAAGGUUCCAUUAUUAAUUUGGGAUUUUAUUCAUUGUUGAUCAAGGCUAUAAAAAUGUACUGAACUCUUGAUUACAGCAGCUAAAAUCUAUUGACUAAUCAUAUAAGCUAAAAAAAUGCAAGAAGUGAUAAUUGCAUGGUACAGCUAUAUUUUUCAUACAUUAGAAAUAAUUUACCUAAAUUAGAUUUUAGGUAAUGACUCUGGUCAACUAAUUUUUUUCCACUCUUGUAAACCUUUUUUCACUUCUGAAAGUCUGUCAGAUUAAAAAACAAGAAAAUAUUCCACUUUUACUCAUUAUUAUUCAUUCACUCUGGCUGAUAUGAAAUCCAUAUACAGUACUGUAGAGCUAUUCCUCUAUUUGAAAUUUUUUAUCAAAAAUUUUUAGUUAAUGAAAUUGACAAAUCAGGGACCAUUUUUCUAUAUAUGCUUACAAAAACCCAUUCAGGUAAAAAGAACCAUUGGUAUAGUGCAUACCAGUAUCCCAAAAGAGUCACUGACUGUUGCAUAAUGUCAGUUGUUCGCUGAUGAAUGCACGACAUCAUUCAUUUUUUUGCUUAUAUUUUAUGUCCAUCCUCUCCAUUUUGAGUUCCAGAGGAAAAUCAUCUUCAGGGAAUAUCUAUGGAAAAAAAAAACAUAAAUUUGUCAAGCAUGUGAAGGUUACACUCCAAAAUAAAGUUGUAUAAACUGAAAUUAAAUAAAAUGAACAAUUAUUUGAAUACCUGUAUGAAAAUAACAAUGCAUUCCACAGGCUAUAUAUACUCUCUUGCCCCUGGUCGGUCCAUUUCUGCCACAGUUGUAUUUCAUGGCACUCAAACAUCAAUUGUCUAAUUAGAUAAUUGUGAAAUAACAAUAUUAAUUCAUAUGAAGAUCUAAGGAAUCUCACAAAAGAAAACACACUUAUCACUAGGCAUUAUGUACUGUUUCCUCAUAAUCUUUUAUGGAUUUUUAUUAAGAGGCAAUCUAUGUUGUAAAAAAUGUUAUUAAAAACAAACCCACCAUACA